UGGCUUGAUGCUAAACUGAUGAAGCAGCAGUGACAGCAGCUCUCUCUAUUUCUCAUCUGAUUAAAGAACUAAAAGACAACAAUUACUGUCUGACAACAACCGCAGAAGCAUCUUCUGGAUGUUUACAGGCAUGGCUGUGUUCGAGAACUGCUCCGUGCUUUUGGAGCUGAAAACUUUGCCCUUCAAGGAGAAGAAGAAGCUGAAAUCAGCAAUAACAGAGAAUGGAGGCAACAUUUCCUUUGUGGUCAAUAAACAGUGCUCUCUGAUAGUGACCAGUGAUGUGUCCGUCCUGAGCUCCAACAGGCUGCGUUGCAUCCAUAAAUACCAAACCCCAGUGGUCGGGGUGGAUUAUGUGUACCGCUGUCUGGAGAGAGGAGUUCUUCUGCCUGUGGAUGAACACAAGCUGGAUGCUUCCUCGCCCUCUGAUUCCUCACCUCCUCUUCCUCCUGCCUCCUCACUGUGGCGAAGUAUAUUCUCAACUGAAGUGUCCAAAGUACCAACGAGCAAAGCAGCUGCUAAGCCGACCAAAGGUCUACGCAAGCCUGUGGACUCUGUCAGCCUGACUCAGAGCGCAGAGACUCCGGAGAGGAGCGGAUAUGUCCUGGGAAAGUACAGGAUUUAUACUGAAACUGAUCCUGAUCUUCCAUCGUAUCUGGAUAAUUUUCAAGUGGCCAAGUAUUCAAUCUUUGAAAAGAUAAACAGCAACACUUGGUGUUCCCUGGAGCUGCAGAGUUACAAAGUAGAGGAAGGACGGCAGUACCAUGUGGUCAGGUACUGGAAGGACGAUAUAUCAUCCAAGAAGGUGGCGGUGAGGGAUAUGCUGGUGCCUGUGUCCACCUCAGAGGAAGCUUUGGAGGUGUACCAGACCCUGAGAGAGACCCUUCUGGCUUCUGGUAUGGAGCUGAGGAACAACAUCCCUCCUUCCGGCCAGAGCCUGGUGUCCGCCCCCCUCCAGCAGCUGCUGCUGGAGGAGAAGCUGAACACAGGAAGCGUAUCACAAGAAGUGGGGGUGUUUGUGGAGCUGCUGUGGACUGAGGCCCUGGGCCGCCUCGGCAACAUCCUCAAAGUUUCGAUGGACAAGCUGAGCCUCAAUGAUGUGAGCAGGGUGGAGGGCUUGUUGCUUCAGGCUCAGAGGAAGCUGAAGGAGGAAAAUCAUACUGAGGUGGUGUCUCUCCUUUAUGAGGUUAACACCCUGCUGCCGUCAAGUCCGCCCAACCCAUUUACUCCCUAUGCCAAGCUCAUCUCUCAGAAACUGGACCUCUGUCAGUUAAUCAGAGAUGUUCUGAACGUGAGUGAGAUGACCCUGAGAAGCUCCACGCCUUCCUGUGUGGGGAAAUACCGCGCUCUGAGGUGCAGCAUUGAGACUGUUCCCUCCGACACCUCCGAGUUUCGGAAAGUGACCGCUCAGCUGCAGGACAGCAAGGUGCAGGUCCAACAGGUUCUGCGUGUCAGCAGAGGAGUGGAGCUUCAGAUGUUUAAGAAGGAGGUCGGGAACAUUAAGCCCCUCCUUCAUUCCUCCAGCCCCAGCAACUUUGUGGGAGUACUGUCUCGUGGUCUGCUGCUGCCCCGUGUCGGAGAGGAGCAUCAUGGGAUAGAGAGAACGGACGUUGGUAAUCUGGGCAGUGGAAUCUACUUUAGUGAUGCCUUUAGCGCCAGUCUGAAAUACUCCAAGCCCAGUGAGACAGACGGCUCCCGGCUGCUGUUGGUGAGUGAUGUGGCGUUGGGACGUUGCGAGGACCUCCACAAGAGAGACAUCACUCUGACCCAGGCUCCUGAGGGACACGACAGCGUGCACGGGGUCCGCUGCACCCCGAACACUCACUCUGAGUUUGAGGACGAUGAGUACGUGGUGUACAGUCCUGAUCAGGUGAAAUUGAAGUACGUGAUUCAGUACAGCCUCGAGGGAGACCAACUGAAGGAGUUCAGUCCUGCUAUCGACACCUCAGCUGAGCCGGCUCUGCCCUCUUCUGUCCAGGCUCUGGAGUCGAUGUUGGAGGGUGACGGGGUUGAAAGCAUUAAAAACCCGCUUGCUGAUGUGACAGCCGGACUGUUGGACAGCUCUGGUCAGCAGCUCCCUCUGCAGGCCGUUCAUGUGAAGUGCAAACUGCUGGAUCUGCUCUCUCAGGUCAUCAUCUUCCAAAAAUACACCAAUCUGAGCUCUGUGCCCAUUGAGGCAAAGUAUGUCUUCCCGUUGGAUGAUUCUGCCGCAGUGUGUGGAUUUGAAGCUUUCAUCAAUGGGAAACAUGUGGUGGGACAGGUGAAGGAGAAAGAGACGGCUCGCAAGGAGUACAAGCAGGCUAUUGAGAAAGGCCAUGGAGCCUACCUCAUGGACCAGGAUGCCCCCGAUGUGUUCACCAUCAGUGUGGGAAAUCUGCCACCCGGUGCGACUGUCCUCAUUAAAGUUACCUUUGUGUCUGAGCUGAUCGUCAGGGACGGGAGUAUCCUCUUCUCCCUGCCUGGGAGUGUGGCUCCGUGGCAGGAGAGUGCAGCGCUCAACCAGACCACACAAGUCACUGUGGAGAAGGUGUGUGUGACUGAUGAGGCGAGAGAGUUCACCCUGGACAUGUCAGUUGAGAUGCCCCAUGAGAUCACCAACCUGCAGUGCAUCACUCACAAAGUCAAGAUCAAGAAAACAGACUGUAAGGCUGUGGUGAGCGUGCUGCCAGGAGAGGUCAUGGGUCAAGAAGGUUUCCAGCUGUCAGUCACUCUGUCUGAGGUCCACCUACCCAGGAUGUGGGUCGAGAAACACCCUGACAAGGACAGCCAGGCCAGCAUGUUGGUCUUUUAUCCAGACUUUGAAGUCAACUCAACUUCAGCAUCCGAUGAAGUCGUCCUGUUGCUGGACACGUCUGAGUCCAUGAAGGGAGAGUCUCUCCGCAUGGCCCAGAGAAUCGCCCGGCAGGUCCUCAAAACCCUCGACCGCAACGUCAAGCUCAAUAUCAUUUUCUUCGGCACAGAUUACACAGAAGCUUUCCUGACAGCACAGCCGCUCGUUAAGGCCGGAGCCGAGAGCCUCAUCAAGCUCUCCCCUCCAGUAGGGGGCAGCACUGAGCUGUGGCGGCCCCUGCGAGCUCUCAGCCUGCUGCCUCCGUCCCGCGGCGUCAGGAACCUGCUGCUGCUGUCGGACGGCCACAUCCAGAAUGCAGAGCUCACCUUGAAGCUGGUCAGAGACAACGCCCAGCACAGCCGCCUCUUCACAUGCGGCCUCAGCGCGACAGCCAAUCGGCACAUGCUGAGAGCCCUGGCCCAGGCAGGAGGCGGAGCCUUCGAAUUCUUCGACACAAAAACCAAACACAACUGGGAAGAGAAGGUGGCAUGUCAGGUGAAGCGUAUGGCGUCUCCCGGCUGCAGCUCAGUGUCAGUAAAGUGGCAGCAGUUCAACCCAACGGCGCCCCCUCCUGUGCAAGCUCCCAAGCAGCUCCAUGCUCUGUUCAAUGACUGCCACACUCUGGUUUACGGCUUUGUGCCACACUGCACUCAGGCCACCCUUCUUGGAAAUCUGAGUGGUCAAGAGCUCAAAACCAUGGUGUCAACCAGUGAGCUGCAGAAGACCAAGGGCACAUUUCUUCACAAGCUCACAGCAAGGGCCCUCAUCCGAGAUUACGAAGACGGAAGCCUUGAUACCGAUGAAGCUGAACAUGAGGGCAAGAAAGCAGAGUUGAAGCGCUUCAUCAUCGAGUUAAGCAAAGAGUUCUCCAUCCUGUCUCAGUUCACCAGCUUUGUGGCCAUCGAGGAAAGGGACUCUGAACAAACAGAGGGGGGCUUCACAGACAUCCCCAAGUUGAUCGCAGAGGAAGAUGUGGACUUCCUCCCCUACAUCAGCUGGAUUUCUCCUCAGGAUGACGAAGAGGGAAAGUCUGGGGACGAUGAUAUGAUGGGAAUGGAUGAAAGCGAGGAGGAAGAAUCUGAGGUCAGUGAGGCUCGUGAUUUGAUGGAAGAAGAAGCUUGUGUGCUGGAUGAAUCAAUCUCUCCACAUUAUUCACCCACGGCCACCCUUCUUGGAAAUCUGAGUGGUCAGGAGCUCAAAACCAUGGUGUCAACCAGUGAGCUGCAGAAGACCAAGGGCACAUUUCUUUACAAGCACAAGCGCAAAGCAAGGGCCCUCAUCCGAGAUUACGAAGACGGAAGCCUUGAUACCGACGAAGCUGAACAUGAGGAAGAAGAAGCUUGUGUGCUGGAUGAAUCAAUCUCUCCACAUUAUUCACCCACGGCCACCCUUCUUGGAAAUCUGAGUGGUCAGGAGCUCAAAACCAUGGUGUCAACCAGUGAGCUGCAGAAGACCAAGGGCACAUUUCUUUACAAGCACAAGCGCAAAGCAAGGGCCCUCAUCCGAGAUUACGAAGACGGAAGCCUUGAUACCGACGAAGCUGAACAUGAGGAAGAAGAAGCUUGUGUGCUGGAUGAAUCAAUCUCUCCACAUUAUUCACCCACGAGUACCACUUCCUCAGCCAUAAAACCAUUAUUUGAGGCAAGGCUAAAGGAAAGACGACAUAUAGUGUAUCGGUCGUCCGCUGCUGCUCCUCCUCCUCCUCCUCCUCCACCUCCUCCUCCUCCUCCUCCUUGUCCAUUCCUUCCUAGUCAAAUGGUCCCUCAACAACAGCCAAGUCCUUUAUUCGGUUGCUCUCUGCUUGAAGGCCAAUCCCUUGAGCGGGACCGUUCCAAAAAACAAAGCAAGCAAGCACCUCCAGCAGGUUUUGCAGCUCGACAACAGACAAGUUUUGGAUUCAGUGGCUCUCUGCCUCAAGGCCAAUCCCUUGAACAGGACCUUUCCGAAAAACAAAGCAAGCAAGCACCUCAACAAUGGUCAGGUUUAAGUUUCAGUGCCUCUCUGCCUCAACGCCACUCCCUUGAACAGGACAUUUCCAAAAAACAAAACUUGCAAACACGACAAAAAUGUUCAGGUUUUAGUUUCAGUGGCUCUCAGCCUCAAGUCAACUCCCUUGGAUGGGAUCUUUCCAUAAAACAAAGCAAGCAAGCACCUCCAGCAGGUUUUGCAGCUCAACAACAGUCAAGUUUUGGUUUCAGUGGCUCUCAGCCUCAAGUCCAAUCCCUUGUCCAGGAUCAAUGCUUGGAAACAAGCAUGCAAGCACCUCCAGCAGGUUUUGCAGCUCAACAAAUGUCAAGUUCUGGUUUCAGUGGCUCUCUGCCUCAAGUCCAAUCCCUUGUCCAGGAUCAACCAAUGUUAAACGAAAAGAUACAAAGCUUACAAAGGUUACAAAGGUUACCAGUGUUAUCAAUGUCACGAGAAUGUUCAACAUCAACAGAAUUUCCAAACUCAAUGCCUAAAGCACACUUUCCAGCUAUUAUUUCCAGGCAAAUACAGACCCUGGGUGAACCUGAACCUGUUCAAGGAAUGUCUGUUAGAAGGGGAAUGAUUCGCUCAGGUCUUCGAUCCUCUAUUUUGCGGGGCCCACCACAAUCUGUGUAUACAGAGUCUUCAAUCGAGGAGCACUCCAAACCUCUGUCUUCACGAGUUUAUCAACUCUGUAGUGGAAGUAGGAGAAAGUCAGCAUACGUGAGAAAGUCAGCAGAUGCUGAAGUGUUGAAGCUCAGAUGGACAAAGAUCUUCCAGAUGCAGCAUUCGGACGGCUACUGGGAGUUCACCACUGAACUGGGUGAACUCGUGAAUAUCGACGUAGACCUCUUCGCCAAUGUGUUCCUGAAAAACAAGGGCAUCCAGUCUCUAGGUGUGAGGGCCCAUGCAGACAUCCUGAGGCUGUUGGCGACUCUUCUGGUUCUGCAGCUGAUGAGGGUGGAGAAGCUGGAGGAGGGCAAACUGCUCCGCACCCUCUUCUGCCUGGAUGACUCCUCUCUGCCCAGGCCUGAGCAGUGGGAGGAGGUGAAGAGGGCGGUGGACUGGGUUUGCUGGGCUGACCGUCAGUACCCGUGUGUCUACAGCCGGCUGGAGUUUGGUUUGAGCUGGGAAUCCUCCACCCGUCAGCUGCUGGGCUUCGAAGGCCUCCCUCCCUUCUCAUCUCUCACUGGUCUGAACCUGCAGAGGACCGCUCCCCAUCUGCUGGUCCGCUGAGCAGGCCAGCAUGAAGAGAAGAUAAUGUGAGGGAAGUCAUUACGCUUUGCCGUUUUGAGAUUAUCUUUUAGAUUUAUUUUGACAUAGAUAUAUGCACGCAUUUCUUUGGCUUACGUAAAGCAUUUCAAGCUGCCUGUCACUGCGUUUAUAUACACUUAAAUAACCAGAUACAGGUGGCUUUCUGCAGUCACCUGUUUCCUAAACUUUACAAGAAAUGUAUUCCUUAAUUUGGGUAGGGGAUUUGAGAGCUAGAUUUCUCCAAUUUAUUGGCCAUGUAUACUGAUAUUAAUUGUGUUUUUACUUGUACACAUGUUUAUGACAAAGCCUUCAGACAGACAGCGAAAGUAUCACUGUGACCGCAGAGCGGCAGGAUAAAGGGAAAGGUCAUGACAUCCAGAAUAAUCCAAAAUUAGACUAAAAUUGAAGCUACUAGAGUGCUGCAGGAAAGAAUCCUAAAAACAGGAAAUGAGUUAGCAUUUUAGCACUUUCGGUUCCCUCAUCUGAAAGUGGUUUAUUGAAUGGGUUUUUAUUUAGAUGCCUGAGAUAAGGUCUGUGGUCAACACAAGCUGAAGAGAUUUUAACGCUUUGUUCUACGACAAAAAAUACGUCGGUAAUAAUCCCACUCCCGAAUGUUGAAGUUUUUAUGUGUCUUAAAAAAGGCUGUCGAUAAAUGAGACUACGAAACUUCAUCACGCCGACACAUCCGCCUUUACAGCCUCGUUGUGUUUACUCGCACUCAUGCGACCGUGGUGUAGUUCCUUAAUAGCCUAACGUUAGCUUUUUACUUCUGCCGAUUGCAUUCACACUUAAAAAAUCAUAAAAGUGGUGUUCAUUCGUGAAGAUUAUCUUACGGAACAAAAUGUUUGUUUGCCACAGAGCUUAUUUGACAGAACUCAAUGGAAAAAUCCCAUUUGCUUUUUGUUGAGGGAACCCGUGCGACUGUAACUUCCGGGUUGGCUGACAAAAAAUACGUCAUCCCUGCAGCGAUCAAUACAGCAGCGCCUAGAAGUCUAUUUCCUCUGAACGUUUGACUGUUAAAUUUAGACACAGCUGUCACAGUCAUACACACAUAAAAAAAAAUCAGGAAGCAGUCUUGUAUCAUUACUACAGUUAAAGGAAUGUAGUAAUAUUUCCAAAAUAAGGUCAGAGCAGUGGAGAAAUCUGAUGACAGACCUCAGGGUUGUAAAUUAGCACCAGCCACCAGCCAAAUGCUGGUAAAAUAUGCAAGUGGCUGCUAGAUUUGCUUCACUCACGAGCCAAAAAAAACGAAUCUAUUGAGUAGCAGGUGGAUGUUGAAAUCCAUCAGCCACAGUGGCAGGUGGACAAAAAAAAACAACCCUGACUGACCUGCUACACGUAUAUGUGCUGUCUGAUUAUCCGCGUUACCUGGUUUCUCUGAGUAACCUAUGUUCUUGAGUGCAUGUAUAUCUAUUGUGUGUCUUAAAGGUGCUGUACCAAUGAACUUGCCUUUCCCUUACAUAUCUAACUGCCUUUCAGCACCUUUGAUUAUUGUAGAAUAUGAGCGCAAAAUGGAACAAAAUACCAAACACUUACAAGGAGUAAAUAUAGAAUGGAAACACGGUGUGCAGGUGGUAAUUUACAGAUCACGUUGAAUCCACACAAUCGCUCUUUGUUGCUACUUUUCCGUGUUUUAGCAUCUAGCGCCAGUUUUGUUAACCUGAAGCGCUUACCGCAAGUAUCUGUGUAUCUAUCAAAUAAGCAGUGGUGGAAGAAGUAUUCAGAUCCUUAAUUAAAAGUACUAAUAUCACACAGAAAUUACUUCAUUACAAGUAAAAGUCCGGCGUUCAAAACCGUACUUAGAUAUUGGAUUUCUAUUGCUUCUGCAUGACUCUCAACAUGGCGACGGCUGAGCUAACGGUGCUAACAGCAGGAACAUGCACUUAAAGUAAGCGCGGCCAGCCCGGCGAGGUCAACAAAGCACAGAGAAGCUCUGAUUACAACAUACACACAGAGGGAGAGAGACUUCAUUCUCUGCUCAGGUAGACAUUAGUCCACUAUAUCUUUACAUAGCAAAUAGUUGUUUGCUGUUAUAUUAAUGCUCUGGAUAUCAUAUAGAGCACUUUUAAUUACAAGUAUGUAAGUAUUUUCAGCUAAAUGUGCUUAAAGUAUGAAGAGUAAAAGUACUCGUUGUGCAG